AUGAAACUUAAUCUUUUGAUAGGCACAUUGUUGUCCCUUUGCACAAUUGCCAACGCCUACACCUAUUAUUUAAACACCACAUUGCCAUGUCCAACUGAUUCAAAUUCCUUUAUUGAACCUUCAGUGCCCGUUUCAAAAUCUGUUUCUGCCUUAUUUGAUGAGUCUUCUGGGACACCUACUGUAGAAAUUCUAGCUGAUGGAACUCAGACUUGUCUUCCUACUCUUGACUAUGAAUUCAGUCCCUUUGGUUGCCAGGUUGCAUGCCCGUCCGCUGUUGCUGCUGCUGCUAAUACUGAACUUUCGUGCAAUGAUCUAGUUAAUGGGUACCAUGAUGAGUUUGUCUACUGCUUGCGCUGUCAAUUGGAAAUUUCUGGCUUUUCAAAUACUCUUAGCGAAGCUGCUAUCAAUAAAUUUAUUGAUUGUGGUAUUAAUAUUAGUUGCGACAUUACAAGCUCAUCAUCAUCACCAUCGUCUUUAACUGUUACUGUUCCGUCUACAACUGCUACUCCAACUAUCACGACCUCUUUACCAAGCACUCCACCAUUGACUACUGAAACUACUAGUAUUGUCACAAUCACGUCGUACACCACUCAUUCUACUGUUUCUGGAACUAUUACUGUUACAGUUGUUGAGCCGUGCGAAACCACUACUGUAACAGUUGUAAUUUGUCCAAUUACUUCGGAUUCAACAACUUCCUAUUCAACUUCCACACUGACAGAGGAACUCAAAAUUACUUCCAAAUACACAAGCUAUGUCACUCUUACAUCGUACUCUACGCGUUCUACAGUUACUGGCACUGUAACUGUUACUUUAAUUGAGCCUUGUGAAAUUACCGAAACAUUGGUUGUUGAGCCUGUCACAUUGAGUGACACUACAGUACUUUCCACGUCGACAGUCACUCUUGUUUCUAGCAUCACUAGCAACACUGCCCCUACCACUUUGGUUGUUGAAGAAAUUACUUCAAGCGAUGUUGUUGUACAUUUUACGUCCACCGUGAGCCCUUCAAAUGUUGCUAGUGUUUUUGUCAAAUCCGAAGAAGUUUCCAGUACUGCUGUCACAGAGUCGAAAAAGAUUACAAGCUAUAUUACUGUAACUUCUUAUUUGACAUCCAUUGGAAUUUCAGGUACUGUGACCUAUACUAUUGUUGUGCCUUCUGAGGUUCCGGAAACUUUGGUUAUUGAAGAAAUUACUUCGAGUGAUGUUUUGGUACUUUCUACAUCCACACUGGCCCCGUCUUCUGAAAUCACUAAUGUUCCUGUUACAGAGGUUGAGGAAGUCAUAAGCUACGUUACUCUUACUUCUUACUUGACUCAGAUCAGUACCUCGGGCACUGUUACUCAGACUUUUGUUAAACCCUCGGAAGUCCUAGAAACUUUGGUCAUUGAAUCCAUCGCAUCGAGUGAUGUUACUUUAUUUUCAACAUCUACAGUGACUCCAUCUAAAGUCAUCAUUACUCCUGUCUCUGAACCCGGAGUGACUGUUGCUUUUGUCUCCGAAUCAAUCACCAGCUAUAUCACUCUCACUUUUUACCAGACACAGACUUUCAGUGUUGGAACCUCAAUUGUCUCAGUAGUUGAACCUGUAUUGAGUACUCAGGCAAUUGUGGUGGAAGCAUCAACGUCGUCGUCUUCUCUUCCUAGCACUACGUCUUUAAUUGAACAAGUACCCAGUGGUAACGUGUCUGGGUUUGUAGAAACUCAAGUUACCCAAGUUAACAAAGGUAACCAUUUUAUGACAUCGCUCAAUGCACUUGGCGUUAUUUUUAUUUUGAUACUUGCCAUUUAA